AUGAUGUUUAAAAAACUCAAGCCUAUUUCAGAGAGAUGUUGUGACGAAUAUCUAGCUCAGAAAAUUUUGAAUGACAUAAGAAAUUUGAAAAAAAUUGAUUCUAUUCAAGCUUCUUAUUUAAAUAAGCUUGAAUUAAUUAAUUUUCCAAAUAUUUAUACUCUAUUUAGCAAAUAUUUGGAUAAGACUCUCAAAGAAGACCUCCUAAACUUAGUAUUGCUUUCAAGAUUAUCAAAAGAGAUUGAUUUGGCUUGCAGCAAUGCAAUAACUAUUCUAGCUAAAAGUGAUUUUUCUUUUAAGAAUAUAGAUUUAAGCAAUAUCCGCAUCCCAAAAGCGGAUUUAUCUCAAUGCUUAUUUAUAAAUGUGAAUUUUGAAAACAGCAACCUAAAAGAGGUCAAUUUUUUGCAAUCGCAUAUUACUAGUGGAGGCCGGCAUGUCGGAACCUUUGGUAGAAAACAUUGCGACUCUUGAGACUACGAGUGCCUCAUGAGAGGAACUCCCUUGGCCCCCGUUUGUGCGCGGUCAGUGCGAGAGAAGACUUGGGCAGGAUUGACACGAAAGGGAAAAGGAUUAAGUUUCUCUGAUGAUGAUAACUAUUUUUGCUACAGAAAUGACAAUAAUUUGAUAGAACUGGACUUGAAAAAUCAAGAAUCAAAAAUUAAGGCUAAUUUUACAAAUUUUGUUUCUUCACAUAUCACUAAAUGUCUCAACGCAGAGCUCAAGCCUGUCACAUUAAAGACCCGUAAUCAAUUCAUUGAAUUUUGGGAUGAACAUGAAAAUAGGCUUUUAUUUUAUAUAGAUCCUUUUAAUUUGAAAUUUUCACCAAAUUAUAAAUAUAUAGUAGCUUAUGACAAUAAUAUUUUUAUCAGGUGCUGAGACAUAGAAAACAAUCAUCAAAUUAUUGAUCCUUUUAAUAAAUUUGAUCAUAAAUGAACACAAUUUGCUUUUGCUCCUUCCAGCAAAUAUUUAGCAAUAAAAAGUCCAGACACGAUUUAUAUAAUUGAAACUAAAAAUUGAACUCUAAUCAGAUUUCUUCGAGGCAGAUUCUCUUUAAAAGGCGUUAUUGCUAUCUCAUCUUGUGAAACAAAAAUUGCUUGUAGCUCUUCUGGCAUACAUUUGAUAGAUGUUUCGUCUUCAGACCAAUCUAAGAUUUUUUUCAAAAAUAAAAAAAUACGAGCACUAACUUUUUCUCUGUGCGGGAAAUUUUUAGCAUUUGGAUCUAAUAAAGGGGUUGGAUAUAUGAUGAACUUAGAAAACCAAAGAAUUUUACAAGUUUUUGCUGGAUUUAAGGACAAAUUAACAUCAGUGCUGCUUUCAAUGUCAAGCAAAUAUAUUUCUUUAACCAACUGAUAUGGGGAAAUCUGAGUUUAUGAAUUUUUUCCAAAAUUCGUGAAAAAUGGAAAGAAUUUUCAAAAGGCAAAAGUAUCACCAAAAGGAACCUAUCUCCUUUUUUUUAAUCAAAAGAAAUCUAUCUUAUGGGAUUUAACAGAUUUCAACCCGAAGCAAAUAAAGCAGCUUUCUUUUAGUGCUUUUUAUCUUAAUUUUGCUUUUUCUCCUUUUGAUACUUACCUCGUCCAAAGAAUCUACCAUCAUUUUGACAUUUAUCAUAUAAAGCGUGAUAUGUGGCUAAAAACAUUAACACUAGGCUAUUUUUGCCACUUCACAUUUUCUAAUUGUGAGAGUUAUUUUAUCUGCUUAAGAAACGAUAUUUAUGAAUAUUUCACGAUUCCUUAUUUGGAUAAAGUCAAAAUUGCAGAAACUAAAACCCUAGACUAUUACCAUUAUGCAUUUACUAAGUGUGGUAAGUAUAGUAUUUGAAUAGGCUCUCAGUUUUGUAUUUGCAUAUGAGACUUAGAAAAAGAUUGCUUCAUUAAAAGCAUUCAGAGAGAGAAAGGGGCAACUAUUUUUACUUUCACAUCAACUUUAUCAAAAUUUGCUUUUUUGUUCCCAUCAAAGCCCAAACCUUAUAUUAAAGUUUUAAACAUAGAUACAAAUGAUAGUGUUUGCAUAGAGAGUCGUGAAGAAAUUACCUGCUUUUGCUUUAGUCCUAAUGGGAGAGAAAUUAUAGGAGGAAAUGAAAAUGGUAUUAUUAAUAUAUGGGAUGUUGAAACUUGGACUGUAAAAGAAAAAAUCAGAUCUUUAUUUUUGAGAUCUAUUAAAUCAGUUGAAGAUGUAAAUGGACUUAUAAUAAUAAGAGAGAAACAAAAUAUAGAAAUUUACAAGGCAGCCCAAUUAGACUAA